AAUUAUACCGCCACGCCACGGGGAAGACGACGGCGAGACAACGUGGAGGCCGGGGAGGAGGAGCACUGUUCGAAGCUUCUCGAUGCAAUCACUGUCCGCCAUCUUGGGGUUUUGCUUUCCGCUCCUCCGCCGAUCACGAUAUUAACAGCUAUUGAUUGCUGACGAUCGCAAUCUAAUUCUACUUUGUACCUUCGUAGCUACGUUCCAUACACUAUUCGAAAUCAGGUAUUGCGAACUGAAUCACGUGAUUUCAUGCUUCUUCAAUACCGCCGGGUUAGGGGGUUGUUUCAAGGUAAUCAGCUGCAGAAUUGAUAGAUGUGCAAUGCAAAGAACAAGCAAAACUCUUCUUUGCAGAAGAGUUCUGCAGAAAGCAAUUUGCAGAAGGAAUAGAUUCUAUACCCUUUCUUUGUCUCUGCUUAUUUUUCUGUGGGGGCUUGUCUUUCUCCUGAACAUAUGGAUAAGUCGUGGUGAUGGUUACAAUGAUGGAUCUAGAGAAUUUCCUGCUGGUGAAAAAGCUUGGGAUGUAGAUAACCUUGGACUUAGUGAGGCCUUUUGUUCUGUUGGUGAAAGCCCAUUGAAUUUUUAUUCUGAGUCUGAUGAGAGUUUCUGCACAAAUGGGUAUAAGACCAAGUAUACUAGUAGCAAACCAGAAGUUGGUGAAGGAAGUUUAAAUUAUCUUGCAGUUGCUGAAGAGCAAGCUGAAGUGGGGAACACUGAUUUGGUUGAAAAAUCUGCAAGAGAUGCUUCUAAAGAUGAUAGGCCAUCUCAUGCUGUGCUUCUGGGUCUUGAUGAAUUCAGGAGCAAAGCACUUAACUCAAAGAGAAAAUCUCUAACUGGUCAUGUUGGAAGCAUAACACAGAGAGUGGAGCCUGGUGGCAAAGAGUACAAUUACGCUUCCAUUUCAAAGGGAGCCAAGGUCUUGGCAUAUAAUAAGGAAGCCAAGGGUGCAUCAAAUAUCUUAUGCAGAGACAAGGACAAGUAUUUACGGAGCCCAUGUUCUGCUGAGGAGAAAUUUGUUGUUAUAGAACUUUCAGAAGAAACAUUAGUGGAUACAAUUGAAAUAGCAAAUUUUGAGCAUCACUCAUCUAAUUUGAAGAAUUUUGAGCUACUUGGGAGCUUGACCUAUCCCACUGAUACAUGGGUUGGACUUGGUAAUUUCACUUCUGACAAUGUUAAGCAAGCCCAAAGAUUUGUUCUUCAGGAGCCAAAAUGGGUGAGAUACCUUAAGUUGAAUCUUCUGUCACAUUACGGUUCAGAGUUCUACUGCACGCUUAGUCUUGUGGAAGUGUAUGGAGUUGAUGCUGUAGAGAGGAUGCUCGAGGAUCUCAUUUCUGUUCAGGAUAAUUUGUUUGUGUCCAAGGAACAAAGUGAGGAGCAGAAAUCAAUAUCCCCCAUGCCAGCGUCCAAUGAGGUUGAUCUUAAUCCAAAUACUGAUGUUGAAGAGGCAAAUGAUCCAGCACUUGAGGGCUCUGAUUUGAAACAUGGGGUUUCUAAAACUAAUGUGCCUGAUCCAGUUGAAGAAAUACGUCAUCAGCAGAUUGGAAGAAUGCCUGGGGACACUGUUCUUAAAAUACUACUGCAGAAAGUUAGGAGUUUGGAUUUAAAUUUGCCAGUUUUGGAGCGGUACGUGGAGGAACUAAAUUCCAGGUAUGGCAAUGUUUUCAAAGAAUUUGAGGAAGAAAUAGUAGAACAAGAUGUCAUUCUGGAGAAGCUCAGACUGGAGAUGAAAAGUUAUAGGGACAGCAAGGAGGUCAUGAGCAAAGAUGUUGCUGAUCUUAUUUCAUGGAAAUCUCUCUUUUCUGCGCAGCUGGAUAAUAUUCUUAGGGAUAAUGUUAUUCUCAGGUUGGAGGUUGAAAAGGUUCGAGCGGGUCAAAUGCAAAUGGAGAAUAAAGGAAUUAUAAUAUUUCUCGUGUGCUUAAUUUUUGGAUCGGUAGCGCUUGCAAAAGUAUUCUUCGAUAUAGUGUUGAACUUUUGUAGAUCGGAACCCGGGAAAUUUUGUAAGAUUGGUUCAUCCUGGUUGUGUCUAUUGCUGAGUUGUAUCAUCGUUAUUGUCAUCCUCUCAUUGUAAUUAUGUAUAAUAGACAUAUCAGUUUGUCUUAAGUUGCCUGGAUCCUUUCAUUCUUAAUGAUUAAAUGUUGUAUCGUCUCAAGGGCAAA